AGACUCAUGUUUCUCUGGAUGCAGCAGAGGGAACUCGGCUGGCUGGGGUGCUGAGAGGUGGAAGAGGGCUCCCUUGAAACCAGGAGCGGAGGAGGGAGUGGUGCAGAAUCCAGGAGAGCUGUGAGGCGCAGCCCAGAAGCCAUGGCUGGAUUCUCAGCCCUGGGGCUACUCGUUCUUUGUCAACUUUUAGCAACGUCCUUAGCUCAGAGAGCUGGACCCCGCGGACCUCCAGGACCUCAAGGGCCUCCAGGAUCCGCCGGCAAGGAUGGGAUAGAUGGAGAAGCUGGUCCACCUGGUCUGCCUGGACCACCAGGGCCUAAAGGUACCCCAGGGAAGCCUGGGAAGGCCGGAGAUGCAGGGCUGCCAGGACUCCCGGGAGUGGAUGGUUUGCCAGGUCAUGAUGGUCCCCCAGGUCACAAAGGCCCACCUGGAGAAAGGGGUAACUUGGGACCUCCAGGACCACCUGGACUGGGGGGUAAAGGACUCCCAGGGCCUCUGGGGAAGGCAGGACCCAGUGGGCUCCCUGGUGGCAUUGGAAUCCGUGGUCCCACUGGACCCUCUGGACAACCUGGUCUUCCUGGACCACCUGGUCUCCCUGGACCUCCAGGGCAUCCAGGAAUCCUUCCUGAUGGCACUAGUAACCUCCAGUGUCCGGCAAUCUGCCCCCCUGGUCCACCAGGCCCUCCAGGAAUGCCGGGAUUCAAGGGACACACUGGAUACAAAGGAGAGCAAGGAGAAGUUGGAAAAGAUGGCGAGAAGGGUGAUCCAGGCCCUCCUGGACCUGCAGGAAUCCCUGGAACCGUUGGUCUGCAGGGACCUCGAGGGCUGAAAGGAUUAAUUGGCCCAGAGGGGGCAUCUGGAGACCGAGGACCUAUCGGUUUCCGAGGGCCUCCAGGAGCCCCAGGACCUCCAGGGAAAGCUGGGGAUCGAGCCGACAGAGGACCACAGGGAUACCCAGGACCCAAGGGUGACCUGGGUAGGUCUGGUCCCAGAGGAACACCUGGAGCUGCAGGACCGAUAGGAGAGCCUGGAAUGCCUGGCAAAGACGGGCGGGAUGGAACCCCCGGACACGAUGGUGAGAAGGGUGAGGCCGCCCGGUUUGGUGCUCCUGGAGAGAAGGGCCCAAAUGGACUCCCGGGUUUACCUGGACGCGCGGGAACCAAAGGCGAGAAGGGAGAAGUAGGUAAAGCUGGAGAGCUGGGAGAAGCAGGCCCCUCUGGGGAGCCAGGAAUCCCGGGAGAUGUCGGAGUUCCAGGGGAGAGAGGAGAACCUGGUCAUCGAGGAUCUUCAGGAGCCCUUGGCCUUCCGGGCCCAACUGGAGUUCCAGGCAUAAGAGGCUUUCAGGGUCAGAAAGGCAACACUGGGGAACCUGGCUUGCCUGGUCCAACAGGACUACGGGGUGGACUUGGUGAGCGAGGUCCUGGAGGAGCAGCUGGUCCCAAAGGAAACCAGGGUAUCGCUGGUUCCGAUGGUAUUCCUGGAGACAAAGGAGAAUUGGGUCCAAAUGGCCCCGUUGGACAAAAGGGAGAGGCAGGUAGUAGAGGUGAGCCGGGCCCUAAAGGUAUUCCAGGCCCUAAUGGCACAUCUGGUAUCCACGGGAUUCCAGGCCAUCCUGGUCCAAUGGGCUUCCAGGGCAUUCAAGGUGUUCUUGGGAUUACUGGAAAACCUGGAAUUCCAGGCAAAGAAGCAAGUGAGCAACACAUUAGAGAGCUUUGUGGGGGCAUGAUAAGUGAACAAAUUGCACAGUUAGCCGCCAACUUGAGGAGACCGCUGGCACCUGGAUCAAUUGGCCGUCCUGGCCCAGCUGGCCCACCAGGACCUCCUGGUUCAGCAGGAUCCACUGGUCAUCCUGGUGCUCGAGGCCCUCCUGGAUAUAGAGGCCCAACAGGCGAGCUGGGAGACCCAGGCCCCAGAGGAAUUCAAGGUGACAGAGGAGAUAAAGGAUCUGUUGGUGUAGGUGUUGAUGGGCCUGAUGGCGAUCAGGGACUUCAAGGUCCUCAAGGUGUGCCUGGGACUAGUCAAGAUGGUCGAGAUGGUGCUCAUGGUGAACCUGGCUUCCCAGGUGAUCCUGGUAUUCCUGGUGCAAUUGGUGCUCAGGGAACUCCAGGAAUCUGUGAUACCUCAGCCUGCCAGGGAGCUGUUAUAGGAGGAGGAGGAGAGAAAUCUGGUCCCAAAAUGUCAUGAAGUGUAACAAAAAUGAAGUGAUUGAACAUUUAACUUAAUAAUGAAUUAAGAAAAGUAAUUCUCCUUGUGAUGGACAGUGUACUUUUGUCAAAAUUGAUGAGCCCAUAUUUCAGUUUUAGAUCAGGUGAAAGCAUUUACCAAAAAAAGUAAUGAUUUUUCCCAUAAAUAAUAUUUUUGCCUGCAAGCUCUGUCCCCUGCCCUCUGGAAGAUUUCCUGCAUGGGGGAUGGUUCUGUUCUUAGACAUCUCCCUUCAUUACAUUUGAUGACUUCUUAAAAUACUAAUCAUUUUCUAAGAUGAUUUGAUGACCCCAGUCAUUUUCCUUCUCUAAUCAUAAAUGUUGCAGUCUAAUAGUUGGGAUAUAAUGUGUUUGUGUGUAUAUACAUAAAUUUAAGCUAGAAAAAGUUUUGUAUUUUCCCAAGGAUAUUAUUUUAUUUCAAAACCCCCUUCCUAACCCCAGUGUAUUUACCAGAGGGUAUGAGAAUUCCAGGUAAGGGAAAGAAGUGAUUUAAAACAACUCAAUAUCAGUCAAUUUUGUAAAAAUAAAAUCAUUUUUUAAAAAACUUUGCCUAACUAUGCAUAAAGGCCUUAUUUGAGCCUCAUCUUUUUCCAUUUAUUUUGUUUGAAAAUAAAUUGCUAAAACCUUGUGAAUUUCUGAUUUAACGAUAUUUAUUUUAGGUGACUUUGUAUGUACAAUAAAUCCUGUUGGUGUCAUCUGUUGUAAUAAAGCCACUCAAAUCUG